GCCGUCUAAUUGUUCAAACGCAUGUACGCUGUGCCAAGUGGCGGUCGACAGCAAUAGCUCCUCCAUAACUCCCAUAUAGUUACGCUGAAAAGUAAAUAUAAACAGAGAUGUCGCUGAAGAACGAGAAAAUCGGUAUUGUGGGCAGCGGUCUGAUUGGUCGCUCCUGGUCCAUGUUGUUCGCCUCGGUGGGCUAUCAAGUGGUGCUGUACGAUAUCCUGCCCGAGCAGGUGUCCACCGCUUUGACUGCCACUCAAAAGGAGCUGCUGGAUCUCGAGUCCAAGGGUCUGCUGCGCGGCAAGUUGACUGCCGCCCAGCAAUUCUCCUGCAUCUCGGGUACCAAUGACAUCAAGGAGUUGGUCAAGGGUGCCAUCUUCAUCCAGGAGUGUAUCCCCGAGCGUUUGGAUCUGAAAAAGGCUCUGUAUAAGCAAUUAGAUGCUGUUGUCGGACCCAACACCAUCUUGUCAAGCUCCACCAGUACUUUUCUGCCCUCCCUCUUCAGCGCGGAUCUGAAAAACAAGGCUAAUGUUUUGGUCUCGCAUCCCGUCAACCCACCGUACUACGUUCCUCUGGUCGAGAUUGUGCCUGCACCGUGGACGAAACCGGAAUGGGUGCAGAAGGCCCGUGCCUUGAUGGAAGAGAUUGGUCAAAAACCAGUUACUCUGUCACGGGAGAUUGAGGGCUUUGCCCUGAACCGUAUCCAGUAUGCCAUUCUUAAUGAAACAUGGCGAUUGGUCGAGGCCGGGAUCCUGAACGUCAAGGACAUCGAUAGCGUGAUGAGCAAUGGACUGGGUCCGCGUUAUGCCUUCUUGGGUCCCUUGGAGACAGCCCAUCUGAAUGCCGAAGGCAUGGCCAACUAUUGCGAGCGUUACUCGAAAUCCAUCUAUACCGUCAGUCAGACAAUGGGACCAACAAUGAAAAUGGAGGGUCCAGUGGCUGACGAAGUGGCCAAGCAGCUAAACGAGAUGGUACCGCUGGAUCAGUUGGCCGCCCGCCGCAACUACCGCGACAAUUGCCUCACCCAGUUGAGCAUUCUCAAGAGCAAGCUCAAUAAGUAACUCAUUAUCUUCGUUCUUUCCUUUUUUUUUUUUGUGAUAUGCUAGCGCCACAUAUGUACGUUAAAUAUACGGAAAUCGUUUAAAUAA